CAGUUGAUGUUCACUCUACAGAAUGUUCACAGUUCUACUUAUAUUGAUGUUAGUGUGGAGAGGAGAGGGGGUUCCAUCACAAUAUCCGACUAAAUGUUUUUUCCCAAGAGUUUGGAGAGAUUUAUGGGAUAACCCGACCAAAAAUAUUUCAAUUAGUAUACUGGCAGAGAACUGGGAUGCCCUAGGAAAAUGUGUGUUGGAAUUAGACGAAGCAAAUGGAAUUCGUCCUUAUGUAGUUCAUGAGAAGAAUAAGAAAUGUUAUGUUUGUCUUCAAGUUCAACAAUUGCAUCCAAAUGUCCUCAGGCUUAAAUCUUCAGAAUGUCGGAAAGAAAAAGAAGUAAACCGAUUAUGCUAUGGAGAAAUAACCCAACAGAAAUGGAGCUACCUUUACCGCCAUGCAGCUCCUCAGAAACCAUGUCCUGAUCUAUUGGAGGGUUCGCAUGCUUUCUCUUAUUCAGAAUAUGCUGGAAUUUCAGACACAUACAUUCAGUUGAAUUUUCCUGCUGUUUCAAUAAAUCCUGAGUUCAACCUUGAUUAUUCAUCAUGAAGAGAGCGGAUGAGAGUUACGACAAACCAACGCAAAAUACCACAAGGUUCUUUUUACAUAUAUAGCGCGUAGUCGCGUAACAUUCAACAGGGAUUUCCUCAAAGGGGUCGUUUAACCUUUUCUUUGAGAUAUUCUAAAAUUUUUUUUCCCUCUUAAAUCUCCUUGUAUCUACCAGAUUUAUAUUCGGAAAGAUUACAAGGAGUAGUGAGGAUUUGAGGCCUGAACUGUUCUUACUCCUUGAUCCUUUUAUGUCUGCCAGAUCAAUAUCCGGAAAGAUUAUAAAAGGUGGCGGAGGUAUCAUUAAAGUUCAGUAAGAUUUGAGAUU